GAGGGUCUUCAUAGCCAUGGAGAUUCUCUACGGUGCAAUGUCAAACGGGGAAAGGAAAUUGACGGUCCGUGAAUUUCUUCACUGUUACCGUCCAGACGAGAUUUCUGGAUCAAGGGGGAUGUACAGUUUUGCCAGUCGGAGCCCCUUGUUGAAGGUGAUCUUUGAGACCCCAGACUCAAAUAGAGACUGGAAGAGUCGGUACUUCUUCCUGGAGGGUGAUAGAUGGAUGAACCAUCCAGGGGAGACGGAGUUCAUGCCCGUCGACACAACUUGGGCAGUUAUAAAUCAGACACGUAGACGGCGCCCACAAGUCAGCCUCGAGGAGUUUAGCUUCCUUGAAAAGGUUUGCAAGAAGACUACGCCGGAGGAAAGGACUUGGGCGAAGUUGGUGAACCCGAGGACCAUACAUUGGUACUGCGACGGUCCUGAGCCCACCCAAGAAGCGAUAAGAUACGACGAGCGAGUUCACAAACAGAUGGAUGACGCAAAGAGGAGAGCUUUGAUCAAGUCCCAAGCCGUCAAGAAGAGGGAAUCCGGCGAGGAGGUUCCUAAGGCAUCAGCUUCAAUCCCUAAAAGGAAACUGACGACGAAAUCCGACCGUCCCUUUAAGCAACCAAAGGUCUCUCUUGAACCUGUGGUUGGCUUAAUGGCUGAGGGUAACAAGGCCGUCACCCCAGCGAAGCAGGGGAAGGGCAAAGGAUUGAUGGCGGUCCCAGACGGUAAGCAAGAGAGACCCCCUUCCCUUCUUCGUGAUGACUCCAAGUAUGCAUUGGAGAAACUGUCGUCCAUCAUCACGGCAGAAGACUAUGAAGACCUGGGAAACCAUUCGACGGAGGCCAUGGGGGAGACGGGCCUCUUCGCCGUCGCUCAGUCCUUGGUCAUGAUGAAGGGACUACUUGACCGGUGUCUCAACCGUGAGAGUAGCUUGGACCGGGUGCGCGCGAAGGCGCAGCAGACGGAGGAAGAGCUCGGACAACUUCAGAGAUGGAGGUCCAAGAUGGGGAAGAAGCUGGAGCUUUCUGAGCAGGCGAGGAAGGAGCUUGAGGAGAAGACGGCCACUUCGCUGACGGUCAUAGAGAACAAAGAAGCUGAGAUAAAACAACUCAAAGAAGAGAUCCGUCAGGCUAAAAUGGCAGCCGUCGAGAAGUACCGAUGCUCGGAGUCCUACUUGUUAUCUUGUGUUGAUUGA